CGCAGCGGGGCUACAGUUGGUCAGAGGAGCGGAGUAGCAUCACAGACAGGGUGCUUGUUUUGACUUUGUAAGCCGUGGAGGAAAGAAGCGAGCAAAUCUACAGAGACACCAGUGAUGGCAUCGGCUGGUAGUGGAGUGGAAGAAGUUCGUGUUUCAGUGCUAACCCCGUUAAAAUUGGUGGGCUUGGUGUGCAUAUUUUUGGCUCUCUGUCUGGAUAUUGGUGCUGUUUUGAGUCCUGCUUGGGUCACCGCAGACAAUAACUAUUAUCUUUCGUUAUGGGAAUCCUGCACAAAAUCCACGAACUCUGAAAUCUGGCAGUGCAACUCCACGCUUGGAAAUGAUUGGCAAAUUGCUACCCUAGCUUUGCUCCUUGGUGGUGCAGCCAUCAUUCUCAUUGCCUUCCUGGUGGGUCUGAUUUCUGUCUGCGUAGGAUCCCGGAGGCGGUUCUACAGACCAGUUGCUGUCAUGCUUUUCGCUGCAGUGGUCCUCCAGGUAUGCAGUCUUGUCCUCUAUCCCAUCAAGUUCAUCGAAUCUGUCAUCUUGAAAAUAUACCAUGAGUUUAACUGGGGCUAUGGGCUUGCCUGGGGGGCUACCAUUUUUUCAUUUGGUGGUGCCAUUCUCUACUGCUUGAAUCCCAAGAAUUAUGAAGACUAUUACUAGAAAUGUCUUUCCGCCCAGCUUCAACCACAAGGAGGAUUAUGAAGAAUCUUAUUUUUAUAACACUCUGUUCUAUAUCAGGAGUUAAAGCUGCUCACCUGACCUUUUUUGCCUUUGGCUACAAACAAUACAGUAUCUAACAAUGACACUUGAGUAGUGAAGAAGAAACCUGCAAGCAAACCUUAAAUAAAAAAAAAACUUUUUAUUUUUCCUUUUAGAGUUUAGCUGUCUGAACUACUGAAAAAGACAAAAUUGAUCACUUUUUAAGAUGACAGGGAUAAACUAACUGAGGAAAACAAGAAUGGUCCUAAGUGUUUUCUCAUUUUCAUUACUGUGAUAACAGAAUUAUUUCAUAGCAUAUUUUUUAAUCACACUAUGACAUAGAGACAAAGAUGUGGAUUUUGCUUAUAUGCUGUCAAAGGUAUUUUACCAAUGUAAGAGUUUUCAAACUCCAAUUUUAAAACAUUAAUGGUGGCAAAACUUUGGAAGAUAUUCUGUUUUUUUCUUUCCUAAAUGAUUCAGUGUCUGCUAAAUAAAACACUUCAUAGUUGAAUUCAUCUAAACAGAAGAGAAAUUCAUCUAAAAUUAUGAAAUUAGUGGUUAUCAUAAAAUGGUGUGGUAUAGUUAUCCACUUUGUGGAAAUUUCAUUGGAACUAAUCCAUCUUAUUCUGAAGAAAGAACCUGAUGUACCCUCUAGCGUGAGGUGCAUGGAGCAGGUUUGGAAGGUUCAGUCUGUAUCAUAUUUUAUGAAGGCAAACAAUGUACUGCUUGUAAACUCAUAUAUGAAGGCUUGGCUUUCUGAGGUGUAUUUUAUUAUUUAAUUUAGUGACAUUUUAUGUAGGUAAAAAUUAAAGAAAAUAUUACAAUUAAAAGAAAUUUUAUUUUAUUUUAUUCUGGGAUGGAAGGGGGAUCUCCUUAGAAGUAUGAAAAAACACCAUGUCUUUUGUUUUAAGUAUGCCUCUGUAUCCCUUAAAUGCACAGAAUGGUUCAACCAAUUCACAAACUAGACCAUAUGUAAUUUUAAUAACAUUGGGUUUACAUUAUAGUAAAUGUGAUCUCUACAAUGUUAAAUUGAAAUGCACAAUUCUCAGAUAUUUUACAAUAUUUAGUUUAUAGUCCCCCAAUAUGAUGAUUUUAUUACACAGUUCAAACAAUAAUAGUAAUCAGUUUGUUGUUUUCAAGCUAUGCGUAGUAAGUGGAUAUUAUGUCAGUUAAAAUGUUUAAAACAUUCAAAAUAAAAGAGAAAAAACUUAUAUACAUUGUAGCAUCCUUGACAAACGAACACAAAGACUGUUAAAUGGGUGAACCAUACCAUCUCUAGCGUCUUGAUAUUUCUCACAAUUCAAAAUCCUUUUUGGAUUGCAGUAGCCACUCUGUUAUUGUAAGUUUUGUUUUAGUUAUGAAUGGAGCCUCAAGUAGACCCUUAGGCUGGCUUUCUGAGACUCACAAGGCUUAGUGGUGACAAAGACCUUUGUUUGGCUUCUUCCAGGUAGUAAUGUGACGAGUAGCUUUUAUUCUGUCCUCAUUAUAGGACAAACCCCUGUGAAGUCCUUCAGUAGAGAGAGAGAGGGAGGUUAGGAACACGCGCCAAUACAACGCAUUUCCAUAUCCUCCACAUGACAAACCAACUCAGGAUGCCAGAUGAGGGCCCAAGUACAGUCAUACAAUGGGUGAGAAGACAGAUAAAAUGUAACAAAAGUUUUGUGAACGUAUUCAAUGGGGAACAUUAUUUACUAUUUAAUGUUAGGCUUGGAUUAAAAGAAAGUGAGUGUACCAAAGCACAUGAUCAGAAAGUGUCCUGAAAUCAAGUGUGUACACUUAUUAAUUAAUGACCUGUUGGAAGACGUUUGUCUGAAUGUAUUAUAAAAUACUAAGUAAUCAUUUUGCUUUACGAUUUUCAUCACUGAAUAUUAAAACUUCAAUUGCUGUGUGUGAUGAACUGUUUAAAUACCACAGACUAAAUAUGGUAUUUUAAUCUUUGGAGGUCUAGGGCAACUGUUUUUGAACAAACGUAUUGUUGUGUGGGUGUUGGAAGUGGUGGUACAUGGAUUACAUUCUACUGGCAUUUGUAUGUUCUUUUCAAGAUUGUGUAGGGUUCUUGGAGUGACUUAAGUUUUUUUUUAAAGGCGUACAUCAGGUUGACUGUCGUCAGAGUAUGUGCACAGACAAAGAGAAUCGUGCUCUGUUUUGGACGAACUUAUAUUUUUAGGUGAGGUUAGGCUGGAUUACAUUUUAAUUAUUGACUACAGUAUUAAGAUGGGGGAUGAUACCUAUAAUCUAACUGGUAAUAGAUGGCUCCUUCAACAAAAAGGAAAUCCUGCUAUCACUUGGCUUUCCUAAGCCUUUAGCAGUGUACACGAGAUUAAAUAAUAUGAAAGAUGAACCUCCGGGAUUAUCUGUGGUCAAGUCCAACCCAACUAAAGCUUUAUAUAUAAUAAAGAGACAACUUUUCAAAUUUUAAGAAUAAUUACACAAUAAACACUUUACUUUGGAAUCAGAAAAAGCCCCAUUAAGUUUUCUUAUGUUUUUUUGUUUUCCAAAAAUGAGAGGGAUCUGUGUCAACACAAUAUACACAAAAUCCUGAAUUCACCAAUAUCAAAUUUCUUACCAUCCCAAAUGGUGCACAUAAGACACUUUUCUCUGCUUCAGUCAUCCUUCCACACAUGUAAUGUGAUCAUUUCUUUCUCUCUAUUUAAGCCGGCAUAAGCCCUCUUGGACUUUCAGAAUAAUAUGUAGGCUUCAAAGAAACAAAGUUCUAAGGUCCCAUUUUUCUAUAAAACUAAACAACUCUUGCAUUAUGUUGAAGUUUGAACAGGAUACACUGGGGAAAACAAAUUAACACAUAUAGCAUUUUAUACUCAAUAGGUAGGUUAUUACAAAUCUGUUUUAGAAAUUAUUUUGGAUGGAAACACUGAUGUUGUGUCUCUGAUUACUGUAUGUGCCUCUAUUUACUAUUAGCCUUCAAAUUUUUUUUCCUGUCUGUGUUUUUGCAUUGCACAGUACAUGAACUCAUGGAAAGUGCAGUGGAGCAGUGUAUUUAAGAAUUACUCAUGACAAAAGCACCAUAAUAGUCAUUCAGCAUUUUUUUACAUGGCCAUUAAUUAAUUUGAAAUUACAUUAAGUCACAACUAGGACAUCUGUAUUUAAAACACUAUUUACUUUUUUCACACUAUAUACACAAACACAUUUAUUGUGUACAGAAUUACAUUUAUAGUACUUGAUGGAUAUUUAAAACUUGUGGUUGACAAAUUUCACGUAAUCCUUUACUGUGGGUAAAGUUUUUUCAAAGUGACUUUGUUUAUUUUUGACUUCUCAAAUAUACUUACUCUUGUUAGAUUUAAGUGCUUUUAAUUUUACAUCAUCUAUUUAUAGUAUGUUAGAAGACUUUGAAAAAUAUCCUUUAAACAAAUACAAAUUCUACAAAGAACCACCUACACCUAACUUGUGAAUUCUGUCUGCUGCAUGUUACUUUAUUAUUGUACUUAUAGUAAUCAAUGCAUUGUUUUGGUAUUAAACAUUAUUUUUUAACAUUAUACAUUAUCAAAACAUAUAUAUUUUUAUGUCACAAACAUACUGCCGUUCAAAUUAGGUGUCAGUGAAUUAGAAGGAAAAAAAGCUUUUCACUAACAUAGUGCAGUAUUACUGGGCACUGUAAUGGCUGCAGAUUUUGUUUCAAUUUUAUUUUACUUGUGUUUCAAGUUAGGAGAAACUCAUAGGAAUCUUAAUUUUUAUGGCAUCUGUUCUACAUACUAGGCUGAUUGAAUAGCUUUUUAUUAUGUUUCUGUAGCUAAAAUCCAUUUAAGACAGAAACAAGGGCCCACUUUGCAACACAAAGAGUCAUGGGAAUGCAGAACAAAUGAUCAAGUCACGUAGUUGAAGAAGAAAGGUUCAUAACUUUAAAAAUGUAACUGAAUGAAAUAUUAGGAAAACUUAGCUAUUAGAUAACCAAACAAGCUUGAUGGAGUGAAUGGUCCCCUUUUAAUUUGUUUGAUUCUUAUGUUCUUAAAUCAGCCAGUUACAAUAGGAGAAAUGUAUUCUUGAAAUACAGCUUCAUAGCAGCAACAUUCUCUGCAUUUUCAGAUAAGACUAGCAGCUUUGUAAAUUAGGAACUAUGUCAGUUCAUAUUGUAUAACGUUGAGAUGUUCAUGCAUCAGUGCCUUUACUAUUGUCGCUUACUCUAUGAGAGUUCCAUAAGGUUUUUUAGGCUAACAUUUUUAUUUACAAUAGUUCUGUUUCUCUUCUUGUGUAUGUAUGUUUUUAUUUUUAUUUAAAGGCACGUGAGGAUGUGUAAUGCUGUUGAUUCCACAUGUUUUCAGUUCUCUUCCACAUAUUUUUGUUUUAACCCCACUGAGAUAUUAUCAUGAAAUAUUUCAGAUCCACCUUUGUCAUUAAUAUUGGAAUAUAUUUAAAUUUAAAUGGUGACAAGCUCUAAAAGAAAAAAAAAAUCUAUAUAUAUAUAUACUGUAUCUCUGUGUGAUUGUUGUCUUUUAAUAUAAUUGCAAUACUAUGGAUUAGCACGUUGCUGUACAUUGUCAAAGAAGCAACAAUUAGAUCGGUAUAUGAGGUCUAACUGUAUGGUCGGCAAUGUUAUUUAUUCAGAUCGCCUGUAUUUUUUGUACUGAAUUGUGCACACUAACCUCUUGCCUCUGUGUCUUUGAUAUUGCCUCGGACUGUGCCUAGAAUUUUUAAAUGUUUUUUUUUUUCUUUUUUUACUGCAGGUUUCAAUUUUCCUUAUGUAUUGGUUAAAGUUAAAUUACAGUUGUAGUGUACUGAUUAUUUUUUUAGCUAUGUCUUUGACACAGAUUGCUAUUUUCAACUUAUUAUUUUUUCUUCUCUAAAUGAAUAACAAACUUGUUUAAGGUAUUCUAGUUGUUUGUUAGUUUACAAACAUCUUUGCAUUUAUUGAAUAAAUGCAGAGAUGAAGGAGACAUAUACCUGAAGUUAUGACCAAGAUACACUAUAAUUUCUGUGCAGCCCUGUUUGUUCAUCGUGAUCAACAUCCAUCCAGACAUCAUGGCUAAAAUUCAUAUUUACCUAGUUUAUACUGUGCACAAAUGUUUAAGCUGUUAUAUUCAAUGAAUGAACAAUUAUAAUGGCAUUACAUUUCCCUAUUUUGUUUUUAUUGAUUUUAAACCAAGCCCACAUUUAAUACAAAACUGUUAAGGAUGGUUAUUACUAUGCAACAUAUUUUAAUGUUUUAUGUAUACUGUACAGUGUUAUUUUUUAGAAACAGCAUUAUUAUUAUUGCACCAGUGUUGUAUUUUUACUUAGCAUAGUACUUAUAUCUCUUUCUUUGGAAAUUGCCUGUGUGAGUGUAUUACAGAGCAUUAUGAGAUACUCGAACUAUUAUAUAUGCACUAUAUGAUAUUUAGCACAAGACAACUAGUGUACAAAAUGAAGCUUGUCAAUAGAGACUGCAAUGCCCUUUUACUUGUAUGCCAUCUAAGAAACAGUUUUUAUCAGCUUGUUACUUCUGUGAAAUUCCCUAGCAAACCACAGACUUCCCUUUAACCAGCUCUUCACUCUGAGAAUAAAGCUUCUGACACAAACUACAGCGGCAGCUACAGUAGAAUCUCACAGACACCUCUGUUUGCUAGAGUAUAAAAGUAGUUUGAGAAGCAUGGCCAAACAAGAGCUGUCUUCUUGUGUGCUCAUACUCUCUGUGUCAACUGCGUGUGAAGUCUCUGACCAUAUGUUUUCCACAACACAUGCUUUAUAUAAAAAAAGAGAUCCACUGGUUUGAAAGCUUUAACCUUUCAGCUGGUGUCACAAAUAGGUAUUCAGACCAGUUUGCUGAAUGUGUUCUUAAAAAACCUGUUCAUUUCAGUCAGUUAUAGCUCAGAGUGCGAAGCACAGCCAGGCGCUGUUGUUCUAAGUUUAAGUAAAGUUUUAUUACUUUCUUAUAAACUUUAGGCAACAGAGCUAGGAUGUGUGUUAAUUAAACCUAUAACGCAGGAAGCAUAAAUAACUGUUAUCUCUUAUCUAAGGAAAAGAUUUUUUCACAGCUCUGUGUGGAGUGUUUCUGUUAGCUUAACAAAUAAAGAAGACAAAGGAAUUGAUUAUCACAGCUUUAUAGGUGAUACUGCUUCUCUUAAGUCAGACUGUUUCACUUUUUAGCUCACCAUUGGUCCUUUGGGAACAGAAAUACUGCAUAUUAACAUUAAUAUAUAUCGUAAAAACCUCUAGACAAUGAGUAACUUUCAAAUAAAGAAAAUGAUUUCCAGGUGCUUGCUUAAUAAGAAAGCGACAUAAUAAAGCACUGUAAUGAGCAUAAAGGCUGAAGAAAAGUACAAAGUGGCACAAAAAUCACAAUAAUACUCUAUAUAAAGUAUUACUGUAUACAUAAAAUAUUACAUGGUAAUAUAUUGCAUAGUAGUAAACCCUCAUCGAUGCAAAUGGAAAAGGAACUAUUUUAAUUACAUUUAAUAAUACAGUUCUACAAAACGAAUGUUCAGCAUAUUAUACAUUUAUAUUUGAAGCUGCCAUGCUUGAUUUUGUACAAGAAUGCAUUUUUUUCUUCUGUCCUUUUAAACAUUAAAUGGUACCAUACGCUUUUGGACAAAACUCAAUUAAUGUACCAAUGUUGAUCAAUUUAGUAAAUUUGUUUUCAGAGUUUUGCCUUUUAAAGUAAUGAUGUUGUUUAAAGAAAAAUUACCAUUUAGUCAAAUAAUAAAUUGAUAUAUUGUUGGCACAACUA